UUCCUCCAUUGUUCAACAUUGUCUUUCAUUUACCGAAGUGUUUUUAAAUUUUUGUCUUGUCUGUCUCUGUUAAUUUUCAGAAAAUGGGAUCCAAAAAAACGACGAAAUUGGGAAAAGAAGAAAGAGAAGGGAAGAAACGAAAAGCUACUAGUGAAGAACGUUUUUUUGAGGUCUUUGAAAUUAUUCUUAACUACAAUGGAGACUUUGAAUGGUUUGGUUAUUUUAAUGAGGAUGUGGCUGUCAGAAAAUUUCAUAUUGAGGAUAUAGGAUUAAAUAGUCUAGAUAAGUGGUUACUUGAAUUGAAGGUUCAGGGAUUGUUAAUGUAUUAUUGGAGGCGGGCUGGCAUGUAUACUGAAGAAUUAAUUCCUAUGGAAAACGAUGACCAUGUCAUGGACAUGGCACUGGCUGGGGCACAAGAUGGUAGUGUUGAUGUGUAUGUUAGGAAGUUAAACUGUGAUGACGUGUGCAACCUAAGGCCUGUAUUUGGACAAACAUUAUUUGAGUUGAAAGAACUUGAAGAUGGGGAUGAUGCAUUGGAGCUGCAGGCUGUUGCUGAGGCUGAACCAGUGCAGGUGCUGCAGAUUGAAGGUCCCGGUGAACCAGUGGAGGUGCUGCAGAUUGAAAGUCCUGGUGAACCAGUGGAGGUGCUGCAAAGUGAAGUUGUUGAAGAACCUGAAGUUGUUGGUGAACCCCUGGAGAAGCAGCAGUCUGGUGGUUCAGACUGA